UCCCGUAGGGUUUAAGCCUUCUGCGGGUCACUCCCACUCGCGCCAUAACAGUAACUCUCUCACUCUUCUCAGAGCUUCAAGGCCAUGGACGCUCCAACCUUCUGAAAUUCUAUGCUCCUCCCACAACCGCCAUGCUCAGAUAACUUCCUCAAAUUCCCUAAAAUUACACUCCCGGUCCCUACAAAAUGAGAUAUUUACGAUUCAUUUCCCCACGUUUUUCCCGCAUUCAAAAAACCCUAAACCCCCAAAAUCCUAAUCCCAUUUCAUCUCUCCAAUCGAAGCCCCAGAUUUUCUCUCAUGUACUGUGCAAUUACACCACCGCUGCACCGGAACAAAGGCCGCCGCCGUCUGGGGCGGUAUCGGCGAUCGCGGACGAGAUCUCGGGCCUCACCUUGCUCGAAGUCUCGGACCUCACGGAGGUUCUGAGGGAGAAAUUGGGCGUGAAGGAGAUGCCGGCGAUGGUGAUGAUGAUGCCCGGGAUGGGAUUCGGCGGGUUGAGAGGGGCCGGCAAGGGCGGAGCGGCGGCGGCCAAAAGCGAGGAGAAGGCCGAAAAGUUGGUGUUUGAUGUAAAGCUCGAUUCCUUCGAUGCUGCGGCAAAGAUCAAGGUGAUUAAGGAGGUGAGGACGUUUACGGAUUUGGGUCUGAAGGAGGCCAAGGACUUGGUGGAGAAGGCACCUACGCUGUUGAAGAAGGGGGUUACGAAGGAGGAGGCCGAAUCGAUUGUUGCCAAGAUGAAGGAAGUUGGUGCCAAAGUUUCUAUGGAGUGAGGAGGAGAGAAGCGUGAAGAAAUUCAAGGCUCGGGUAGCAAGGAUUGUCAAAAUGUAGAGUAGCAAAGUAGUGAUUCAUCACAGUGGAAGUGCAGUUUACCUAGUCUAUUAGAAGACUAUUGGGGAUCUUCAUGAUGCAAAGCAUUCAUUUUUGGAAAGCAUUCAAUGAUAUAGCUGCUUUAGUUAUCUUUCUUUGAGUUCGAAUAAUGUAUCUGCAUAAGUUUUGUUCGAUUUGUUAAAAUCAGUCCUAUUGGCUACUUCAUUACGUUUAUUUUACCAACUGUUGUAGACCUAGCAUUUUCAUAAAUGGAUUCACAAAGUUGGAGAUUAUGAUUUGUACGUUGCCAAAUUAUGUAAACUUCCAGGAACAGUUUAACUUCUUGCAUACAACUUGAUCGAAUCGAAAGAAAUGUCAUUGACUUUGUAGACCUUCUCAUGCAGCGGUUCAUGCCUCAACAACUCCGGCUUUAUCUUUUUCCGGGGGUCUAAAAACUGGCAACAUCAGAUCGUACUCAUUACCAUCUAUGUCAUACAUUCUGGUCAUGAUGCCUUGUUUAGGAUCUUCAUAUGGUUUCAACGACUGCAAGACAUGCCUUUCUGCGUCAUAAUUCUUCAGCCUUAGUAUGUCUUGUGUCACAUCGCCAUGUGCCAACUGCUUCUCAAAAGGCUUUCUGCGUAUUUGAAUCGGGUGUUGGAUGUUUGGGACUGGUGGGCUUGCUUCGGGGGACGCAGCUGUCAAAUUCAUAAUAAGAUGGCGGUUCCAGUUUUGGUUUUUUGUGUGCAGCAGCAAUGGUUUGUUGGGAUUUCAGGGCUUGUGGUGCUGCAGGUUCUUGAAAUUGAAUCGAAUGUUUGAGGCUUGGCCCAGUUGCUGUUGGUGGGAGAUCAUGAGGGACAUUGCUGCUAACUCCAUCCAACGAUCCAUGCGCCCCAGCAAUGGCUUCGUGGGUUUGCAGGGCAGCAUAUGAGCCUGCCAGAUUUUGAAAUUGUUUCAAGUGCAGGAAGCUUGCGAAUGGUGGGAGAUCACUAAAGACAGAGUUGUGAAUUCCAUAGUGCGAACCUAGGCCUCGUUCUUGUGGCUGUUGGGGCAUGCCUUGUCACGCUGCAAUGGCUUCAUGGGCAUGUAGGGCAGCAGGUUGUUGGGCAUGUGGGGCUGAAGAUUCCUGGCAUUGAAGAAAGCUUUGUUCUUGUUGUGCAGUAACUGCUUCUCGUCCCUGUAAGGCUGCUGCAAAUUCUUGUUGAAUUUCCAAUAAUCGUUGCUCGAUCUUUCGAUGUACAUCAAGAUUGUUUUGUCUCAAGCCCUUCAACUCAUCGCCGGAGGAUUCUGAAUCCAAAAGCGGAUGCUUUGUGUAAGAAAGAGUUAAAACAGUCUCUAUUUCCGCUA